AUGGACCACAUCGGGAUACUGGGGGCGCAUCUGCAGCAGCACGCGCACGUGGAGCCCAUCAGCUUCGGCAUCGACCAGAUCCUCAGCAACGUGGAGCAGAGCUGCAUGAUGGGCGCGAGGAUGCACGAGCCAGACUACGGACACGGGGCCUACAACUGCGGCGUGAACGGCGGAGGCGGCGGCGGCGGCGGCUACACGUACGGCAACGCCGGAUACAAUGGCACCGGCGGCUCCUGCGGGAUGGCCUCCCUCGGCGGGGCUUAUCACAUGAACAUGGGCGUGAACGCGCACGGGACUAACGUGAGCUCCGCUGGGGUCAUCCGCGUCCCCGCGCACCGUCCCCUGAGCUGCGGGAACUCCUCCGGUCCGCCGGGGAACGGGAACGUCAACAACCUGACCACGCUGACGUUCCCCUGGAUGGAGAGCAACCGGCGCUACACCAAGGACCGGUUCACAGUGUCCCUCUCACCCCUCACUGUGACGCGUCGCGUAGGUCACCCCUACCAGAACAGGACGCCCCCGAAGAAGAAGAAGCCCCGGACGUCCUUCACGCGGCUGCAGAUCUGCGAGCUGGAGAAGCGCUUCCACCGGCAGAAGUACCUGGCGUCGGCGGAGCGGGCCGCCCUCGCCAAAGCCCUGAAGAUGACCGACGCCCAGGUCAAGACCUGGUUCCAAAACAGACGCACCAAAUGGAGGCGGCAGACGGCGGAGGAGCGCGAGGCGGAGCGGCAGCAGGCCAACCGGAUCCUCAUGCAGCUGCAGCAGGAGGCCUUCCAGAAGACCAUCAACCAGCCGCUGACCCCAGACCCGCUGUGCCUGCAGAACAGCUCGCUGUUCGCCCUGCAGAACCUGCAGCCGUGGACCGAGAACACCGGCAAGAUCAGCAGCGUGUCGGCCUGCGAGUAG